UGUUCGACUAGCCACGCCCACAGACAGCAGCUACCGCCCUCCCGGCCGUCCAAACGCGUCCAAAGUCAUCAGCUAGUCGAACUGUACAGCAGGCCGGUGGAAUGAGCCAACCCAAGAAGCAGACGGCCACACGACGAAAUGGGAAGUCCAAAGCGGCAGGACAGAGGACCCUCUUCGAUCACUUUUCUGCUAUAUCAUCUGCUACGGGGCCCGCGACAUCGUCGUCAGGGGAUGCGGGUUUCGUGGGGGGCGUUGAGGAUACACAAUCCAGUGACAUCGAAAUAGUGGAAACAGUGGAGCCUUCGUCCAGUGCCCUUCUCACGGAUGUGGAUGCUCUUAGUGACACGACAAACGAGGGUUCAGACGUCGCCGUAGACAAUGCUGCGAAAGCUUCAAUUGGCAAGCGGAAACCUGCGACAGUCCGGGCGAAACACCGUUCCAAACCGAUGUUGUCACAAGGGUCUGUACCCUCUCCUGGGAGCUCACAAACAACUUUGGAAGGGCAAAGCCGUGACGAUCCCAUCAUUCUCGACUCCAGUCCAAUCCGACCAGUGAAUAGCAACCGCGUAUCGAACAAACCGUUCUAUUCCAUAUUUGCUUCAAAGAAGGCACCUCCGACCAUCUCGGCCCCGUCCAAUUCGUCCACAGGAGAGUCCUCGCUGUCCAGCCGCCUGAACAAGCGGGGUAUAGCUGUCCCGUACCCCGCACGCGACACCCAGCACGUCCGGGCAGAUCAGACAAACUUCUCCACUCCUCCAUGCCCUUUCGAACGCCGCUUGAACGGCGCCCGCACAGCUUCCCAGGCCGGCGCCGCUCAACUCCCCCAACUAGCCUACGGAUACAGCACGGGGAAUUACAAACGCCAGCAUAACGAGUCAUUGCCCGGCGAUAUCGCGUUCACGAGUGGGACCGAUCGUUACCCUCAACAUGAGGGUGACAGCACACCUGUCAACGCCCCGCCCGCCGCCUGUGACCCGGGUGCCGCCUCUCGAAUGCUCACUGACAUCCCUGCCAGCCACAAGUCGUACCCCGCCAUCGAGCGCCUUGUCAAUCGCACACAGUCGGAAAGCAACAAUGAAGCAAGCUCCCCACCGUUGUCACAAGAGCUCUGGACAGAUAAAUGGCGUCCUCGGCGCGCAGACGAGGUCCUCGGCAACGAAGACCGAGCAUUGUACCUUCGUGCCUGGCUGCUUGCCCUAAAGCUUCAUAUCGAGACUACCUCAGCAUCCUCGCACGACUUGCGUGGCGCCGAAGGCAAGGGUGGAGCUGGGAAGAAGAGACAACAGCUCCUUAAGCCACGGGGUACAAAGAGACCCCAAGUUGUCCGCCAAGUGGACAGGCGGAAGAAACGGAGACGGCUGGACUCGGAGGAGCCGGACGACUCGUGGAUCGUGGACGACGAAUCGGACGACGACCCUGGGGUCGAUGAAGCCCGCAACGAUGCCGGAAAGGAGCUGGGAUGGGAAGUCUUCGAAGUCUAUCCUGGUAUUGGUGAGCGGAGCGGCGCGGCGCUGAAUAAGCUCAUCGGGGACGUUGGUAAGAAUCAUAUCGUCAAACAGACCCAGCGUCAGCACAAGACAUUCUUUUACGGCAACGGCGCUGCGCAAGAUCCGAGCAUAUCGGUCGAUGGCGAGGUGACCCAGAAGGCAGGGGGCCGUAAACGCGCCCUCAAGCGAGUCGACUCGGAGAGCGGUUUGGACGAGGAAGGGUCAAGCCAGACCGACCAUACGGCCUCUGCCGGGUUGACCGCUCUGCCCUCCGAGCAUCCGCCGGUCUCCCAGUCCAUCGUGUUGAUAGAGGAAGUGGACGUGCUGUACGACAGUGACGCCAACUUCUGGCCGUCCAUGAUCAAUAUUAUAAAGGAAUGUCGUCGACCCGUCGUUAUGACAUGCAACGAUGCGUCCUUGGUUCCCAUCGCAGACCUUCCUCUUCAAGAAAUCCUCACCUUCACACCAACAGCACCGGCACUCGCCACGUCUUAUUUACAGUGCGUGUCUAUCCUUGAGCAGCGACCUCUAGAACGAUCUGCUGUCUCGCGGCUGUACGAGCGUGUAGGAGAAGUGCCGUGUGGAUACGCUGGAAGCUGCUCGACAGAUUCUCCUACUCGCUGCCCAGAUCUUAGGCAAGCACUGCUGCAGCUACAAUUCGGCGACCUAGACAUUCCGACAGAUUCCCCUGCGACGUCUGCCAGGGCCAUACCCCAGGCGUCUGGCUCUCACGACUCUCAUUCUCUCGAUAUACCAUUGGAGGCCGCACAGGAAGACUUGCGUGUCAUCCGUGGCCAGCUGGACGACCUCGUGGAUACCAUGACCGAUUCGGGUGCAGCAAACGAUGAACUGGGCUACAUUGUGCUGCACAACGACGCCUCGACAGAGCUCCAGGUGCCAUUCGACACGCUCGCAAAUCCAUUGGCCGCAUUCCUUGAUUACGGGCCAUGGUUGAGGCGUAUGGUUGCUCUCGAUGACGCAGCCGAGGCAAUCUACCUGGAGUCGCAGGCCAGCAAGGACGGGGUGCGCAAGACCAGGAACAGUCUCAAGGCCGUCCGGCCUGUCCGCUACGUACCCAUCAGCGAGAGCGACCGGCGGAUACUGGGCGCACCCCGCACUGCGGCCUCCGCCAGUAGCACUAUUUCCUCCGGCACCGCCUCCCAACCCCCUUCCGCACCUCCACCUGCUCUGGGCCCCCGACAUUCGCCCGUCACUCCCCUCGCUCCCCUCGAAUUCCUCCAAAAUCAGCGCAGAGGAUCCAUCACCGACCCCUCGCUGCACGCCAGACCAUCGCUUCCGGCGCAUCUUGCCAACGGCACUCCCUUGAACAACCUCCGACCACCCUUCCGCCGCCCCAGCUUCCCCUCGAGUCCCAGCUUCGGCCCCUCUACGCUGUAUCACGAUGCGUCUCGACCGCCGCCAGGCCCUCACCGCGCAUCUUCACCGUUUCGAUUCGGCGAUGCAAGCAUGCCGCCGCCAGAGAGCAGUAAGACGCGGCCACGACGAGCACCGCGAUCGUCCUCUGUCGAUGCAGGCAGGAGGACAGUUCUAACCGAUAGCAUACCAGAGCUUGAGAGUGAUGUUGGAAAGAGUACACGCGACAGCCGGGUAGAAAAUAGAUUUAGAGACUCCAGCAGGGCGCAGGGGAGUGACGACAUGGAGGUUGAUCCGCAGGAGCAUGGGCAGCCCCAGGAACGUGGUGGUGGGUUGCAACGCCUGCAUGCCUUCCGUGAACCGGCCGAGGUGGGGUACAACGCGCGGCGACAUUCCAUUGCCGCUGGGUCGCCAAGUUUGAGCCUGGACAGACACUCACCGGGGUGGCCUCAAGGCACGAAACGCAAAAUACCCUCCGAACAGGACACGCCGUCUCCUGGGAACCAGGAGAUCGAUCCGCUGUUCGCUGGGCCGGGGGCUGCGAGCGCGAUCAGUGAUGAAGGUGGCGGACCCGCGCCAAAGCGGCGUGGGUCGGCGUUCGACACGCAAAAAAUCGCACAGCUGAGCCUGAAUGACCGACGAAACUCUAGACGGGACUCUGCCGCGAGCUCGUCGUUGAGCGCGUCUACGCCUCCGUCGGCAUUUUCCGGCGAAUCGCCACAUGGCCGACCUCCUGGCGGCAUCGCUACUUUCGCGUGGCCUGCCAACCCGCAGGAUCAAGCUGCAAUGCACAGCGAGGCCAACGUUAAUAUGGCGGGGCUCGCAGUGCAUCCCUACGAUCCCCUCACCAUCAUGCCUCCACUCGCAUUCGCCCCAGAUCGCCGUAUGUCGGUCCCCAACCUCCCACCAGAAAAUUUGCCCACCCCGCCGUCCACGGGCCCGACGCGGGUGCUCCGGUCACGCUCCCGCCCUCCGUCGCGUGUCCGCGGCGCGAGUCAAUCAGACCCCAGUAAUGUCGCCGGUCCUUCGUCUGGCGCAGGCCAGACAGACGAGGCAGCAGCCCAGGAACUCCAUCGCCAAUUGAAGGACGGAUCCACGCCCUACUCGCGCUCCCCGGAGCUGCGGGUAUCCCACAAGCUCGCCGAGAGGAAGAGGAGAAAGGAGAUGAAGGAGCUGUUCGACGAGCUGCGCGAGCACCUCCCAGCAGACAGAGGCAUGAAGGCGAGCAAGUGGGAGAUAUUAAGCAAAGCGAUUGACUUUAUCAACAAUCUUAAGCACACCUGCAAUGAAAUGCAGCGCGAGAUCGACAUGUUGCGCCAUGAUGUAGAAACCAUGCGCCAUGGAAUACCGCCACCCUACGGUGGAGGACCUCCACCACCGGGUGUGAUGUAUGGUCAUGGCCCACCACCUGUUGGCGUCCCUCCGUAUCCUCAUCCUGGACCACCCCAUUCCGGGCCACCACCCCCAGGACCGCCGUCUUCUUCCCACCAACCGCCUCCACCACACCAUGUGCCACCUCCCGGUCAACCGCUUCCUCCUCACCAGCAUCCAAUGCACCAACCUGGCCCUCAUCCUCAUGCGCCUCCAGACGAUCCCGCAUCACGACCUGCAUCCUCACAAAGUAUAUACCCGCCCGGCAUCGGUCCUGCGUCAAUGAUGCCACCUCCAGGGCCGAGCAUGCUCGCUCCGAAGCCAGAUCCGUCGUCAUAGGACUGGCGGCGCACCCAUGAUCGCAUUCCCUCGAUUAUAGGCUCGAGUUGCUCGCUGGGCGCGGGCCCUCAUGUGCCGUUCGGCGCGCAUCGUUUGCAAACAUGGAUUGGAAGUGGGCUUCGUAGCCUCGCGUUGCACGCGGACUACACGUUUGUAGGGUAGGAGACGACUAUAUUUGACGACGCUCACGAACUUAUUGACCCAGUAAUUAAUGUAAACUCUUGGACUUCGCAUUUCCUGUAGAGGCCUUGCAAGUAAAUCGUUGUCUUGUCCAUUACAUUAGCACUGUACAGCCGCAAUGCAUGUGUGUUCUCAUUC